AUUAUGGAGAGCAGCGACCGGGACAUGUACCGCCAGUUUCAAGACUGGUGUCUCAGGACUUACGGGGACUCAGGAAAAACCAAGACGGUGACCCGUAAAAAAUACGACCGGAUCGUCCAGCUCCUGAACGGCUCCGAGUCGAGCUCCACGGAUAAUGCCAAAUUCAAAUUCUGGGUCAAAUCUAAAGGCUUCCAGCUCGGCAACUCGGACGAGGUCAGUGGUGGUGCUGGAGGAGGGAAGCAAGUGCUGUACGUGCCAGUCAAAACCACGGAUGGAGUAGGUGUAGAUGAGAAGCUGUCUUUGCGGCGGGUAGCCGUCGUAGAAGAUUUCUUUGACAUUAUCUAUUCCAUGCAUGUUGAAACUGGGCCUAAUGGAGAACAAAUCAGAAAACAUGCCGGACAAAAGAGAACGUAUAAAGCAAUUUCAGAAACCUAUGCCUUCCUACCGAGAGAAGCGGUGACACGAUUUCUAAUGAGCUGCUCAGAGUGCCAGAAAAGAAUGCAUUUAAACCCAGAUGGAGCAGAUCAUAAAGAUAAUGGAAAACCUCCAACUUUGGUGACCAGUAUGAUCGAUUACAACAUGCCAAUUACUAUGGCCUAUAUGAAACACAUGAAGCUGCAGCUACUUAAUUCACAACAAGAUGAGGAUGAAAGCUCUAUAGAAAGUGAUGAGUUUGAUAUGAGUGACUCCACUAGGAUGUCAGCUGUGAACUCCGACCUCAGCUCAAAUCUGGAAGAGAGAAUGCAAAGCCCUCAAAACCUUCAGGGCCAGCAGGAUGAUGAUUCAGCCGCAGAGAGUCUUAAUGGCAAUGAGACCGUGGGACACAGUUCCAAUGCUUCAGGGGGAACACACUGCAGGGAGAUGGCAGAGACCAACAGUAAUGGCAAAACAAAUCUGGAGCAGGAUGAGCAGCCUCUGAACCUGAGUGACAGUCCCCUCUCUGCUCAGCUGACUUCAGAAUACAGACUAGAUGAUCACAGCAGUAAUGGAAAGAACAAAUACAAGACUCUCCUAAUUUCUGAUCUCAAGAUGGAACGGGAGGCAAGAGAAAAUGGAAGCAAGUCCCCUGCACAUAGCUAUUCAAGCUAUGACUCGGGCAAGAAUGAGAGCGUAGACAGAGGUGCUGAAGAUCUGUCUCUGAAUCGAGGAGAUGAGGAUGAGGAUGACCAUGAUGAGCAGGAAGAUCCUGAGAAGGUUAAUGAAUCAGAUGGGGUAGAAGCUGAGCGACUGAAAGCUUUUAAUAUGUUUGUCAGGCUGUUUGUAGAUGAAAACUUGGACCGAAUGGUCCCAAUCUCUAAGCAGCCCAAAGAAAAGAUCCAGGCUAUCAUUGACUCAUGCAGGCGACAAUUCCCUGAGUAUCAAGAGCGUGCCAGAAAACGCAUACGUACUUACCUCAAGUCCUGCAGGCGGAUGAAAAGAAGUGGUUUUGAGAUGUCACGACCUAUUCCCUCACACCUUACUUCAGCAGUUGCAGAGAGUAUCCUGGCUUCUGCCUGUGAGAGUGAAAGCAGAAAUGCUGCAAAAAGGAUGCGGUUGGAUAGACAGCAGGAUGAGGCUGCUCCAGCUGACAAACAGUACAAACAGGAGCCAGCCCAGGUCACUUACUCAACAUCAGCUGUUUCCAGCACACAGGAGGUGUUGUACAUCAAUGGAAACGGGACCUACAGUUACCAUAGUUACAGAGGGCUCGGAAGUGGGCUGCUAAAUCUCAAUGAUGCUUCUAGCAGUGAUCUGCAGCCCACCUCCACCACAGCCGCGACUCAGCACUGCAUCCCAGGCACCACAAACGCCCAGUCCCCUUCCAGCUCAGGUCCAACAGAUCUCAGUAUGAAGAGGCAGUUAGCAACCAGCUCUGGAUCCUCCAGUAGUUCAAGCUCUAGACCCCAGCUGAGUCCAACUGAAAUAAAUGCAGUGAGGCAGCUUGUGGCAGGGUAUCGAGAAUCAGCCGCGUUUUUAUUGCGUUCUGCAGAUGAACUGGAAAACCUUAUUUUGCAGCAGAACUGAGUCAUGUGACCUUCACACUGGCCUGGUCUUAUCUCAGAGUUUCCACUAAUGACAUUUUGAUUUCCCAGAGCACACACUUCAGUUACUGCACAGUCUUUUAGGAGAGUUAAUUAACAUAAUGCCACACUGUUCUUGAUCCAUAAAGUGAUGUGUUAAGGUGCUUCAAGUGAACUUCGACCUCUGGUAUUUCCGAGGUACUUUACUGUGUCCAGCCUAUUGCUUUUGUUUUAGUGUGUCAGCAUAAAUAUCGAAAAAAAGUGGCUAGAAAUUAACUCGUUCUAACAAGUGGAGGAAACAGAAGAUGCUGUGAUGGCUUAAAAAAAUCGUUCAAGAUCCAAGUGCAAUAUUAGUGGAAUGUGAUACUGACUCAUUGGACUUAAAGCUGCAGUAUAUGGCAAAACAUUGCCAAAUGUCCUGUUGCUACAGGGCACAAUUGCAAUUAAAAGGAUCUUGUAUUUUAAAAAAAUGUAAUUUUUAUAAAAAACAAAACAAAAGAUUUUUGUUUUCAUUCAAGAUUUUUCAUUUUUACUUUGGUAAACUUUUUCACUGGUCCUGAAAACGUUUUGAGGAGAUAUUGUAAGUCCUCCCUUCCUCUUUUGAACCCCUGACUGUGCCCUUCUCCCUAACUUCAUAUUCUUUCUACAACGAGUAACUCUUGAUGCUGGAUAAUUCUUCCCCCGUGUACUGUAAAUUGUCAUCGAUGGAAUACCUUGCAAAGGAAGCAUGCAUUUCCUGCAUUCAUACCAUUCUCAACUCCAUUCUGUAAUAUAUUGCAGCUUUAUUAGCAAUUAAUAACGAGUUGAGGGUUUUUUUAAAAAGACAUAUCACUGAGAAAAAGAAAAAAGAUAAAUUGAUUUCUUACGGUGAGCUCAUCUUACUCCAUGACACUGCUGCUGUCCUAUACAAGUCCCUCUAGUUGUGAUUGGAUGUAGAUGAUGAAUGUUAAGAGGUUGCAAGUGACAAUCUGAGAAUUUGCACUCUUGUGUGUAUUUAUUUUGUUUUCUUUAAUUUAAACAAAAUUCUAACAGAGGAAGGUCAUUGACACUUCUGGUAUGAUUUGUAUAAUUCCCAGGCCUAGCUAAAACCUGUACAAAACUGUAAACGGAUGCAGCUGCAACUAUAAUAAAACUCUUCUCUCCCCUCCCUACUCUUCCCAACCCCUCUAUUUCUUAUUUUAUAAUAUUGAUUACACAUUAAUGGUGUUUUCUUUGUGCACUACGGCAGGCUUAUUUUUAAGUAUAUAGAAAAAAAGUACUUUAGUUUAUGCUUACUGUACUAUCUGUUCUGUUGUUUAGCUUUUGUUGAAUAACAAGUUUCUUGUGCAUUCCUAAAUUUGCCUUAUUUCAUGUACAAAAUUUUAUGUAAUUCUGUUUUUGACAAUGAGUUUAAGGCAUCAGUGAUAUUUUAUAUCUACUUGUUACAUAUAGUUUUCCAAGUAAUGACUGUGAUUGUGACCAAGUAAUGUGCACUUUUUCUUGUAACUGUGGACAUUGCUAUGCUUUUUUUUCUCUAGUGUUUCUAGAAUUACUGUUGCUUACAGUUAUGUAAAAGAAAAAGAACUUUUGUGAUACUGUUGGUGAAUAUUAAUGUGAAAAAGCCUAUGAAAUAUGAGUAUUUUGGAGGUACAUAGAUACACAAACAUCUCUAAGUUGUGGACUGAUGUUCACAUAUUUAAAUGAGAAUUCAAAACCCGAGGGCUGGAAUCAUUUCCUCUGUUUUGUUUGGGUAAAUAAACAGAUUUCUGUGUUUAAAUACAUGAUUGUGAAACAUUCUAACAUUUAAAUUUAUGUAGCAUUUAAAGCUAUAAAUAUUAUUGUCUUUAAAUGAGAAAAAAAAGGGCCUUCUUGCACAAUUCAUGCAGACAUGCAAACUUCAUUUCUCAAAAUUAUUGAGUAUAUCCAGUAGACUGAUCUAGCUGGAGCUUUGUAUUAAUGAAGAAUUUCCUCAAUAAGAGCAGAGGCAGGUGGUCCAUAAAUCAUGAGAUCUGAGUCACAAGCAUUUUAUGAUUUUAAGUUGGCUGGAGGCAACACCAUUUUGCUACUCUACAUUUAUUCUUAAAAAAAAAAAUGUUGAAUGUCUUUUUAAAGGCACUUAUUCUUGGAUAUGCGAAUAUUGUUGCAAAUUCUUACUAGUUGCUACCAAUCACUUGUGAACUGCAUUUGCUCCUAACAUCUUCUUAUCUGCUUCUAACAUCACAUGCUUGUGAAAGGCUAUAGCUUGUCUCUACCACAGACACGCAGUGAAGUAGACAUCUCUACCUCAGCUUUUGUCUCAGCAGGCAUUUAAAAGCCUGUUAGGAAGCAGCUGCCUCUUUCCUCUCUUCAGCUUUCGAGUAUCUACAACUUCUUCUCUCUCUCUUGCAUGCCAGGAGGGGAAGAAGCAAGUACCUUGUGCAAGAUCACUACUUUGUCUUCAUCCAAAGAAAAGCUCUGGUGUACAUCUUCUGGAGAGAAGAGUGACAGCUAUGUCUAGGAUUCAAAGCUUCCUUAGCCCUGUUGUGCAGGGCAGUAUGCCUCAAACUGCCAACUAAAUAGCAACCAGCAGUUUGCCUAAGAGGCUGUUUGCCAGCCAGGGAUUCUUGCUGCUUUUCACACUGUCUUGCUAAAUCCAGAUAAGGACAAGGCUAGAGGAUAAAAGGUCCUACUUCAGUGUCCUACCCUCCUACUCCUCUUUCCUCUCCCCAGUUACUGUUUCUCUUGAGGGAGAAGUAGGAACGUUGCAGGUCACCAUAUGAGCUUCAUGACCUGUAGCUUGUCUCCACUUUCUCCUGUUCCAUCCCCAGCCUUCUUUGAUAGUUUUCCAGGUAUAUCUUCUACAGCAAACAGAUCCUUUUCUUCUAGCUCGCUUUUCUGAAAUAUUUAGGGCCUUCUUCAGUUAUAGUAGCACUUGAUGUCCUUCCCUAAAGGCUUGUAGAGAUACUUAGCUUUCUGUCCUCAAGUGGUUUAUCUAUGCCAAAUUCCAGCAGGCUGGUGGGCAUUUUACUCCAUAGCUGUUUCUUCCUCCAAAUACUAGAUUUUUUCAUCUCUUCUUUGGAACAAUCAUUGAUUCAACUAUGGUUUUAACUUCCUGUUCUUCAAAGAGGGUACUGAAAUUCAGACCCAUCCUGUGAAGGAGAGACCACAAAUCUCAGUCCACUUUGUGUGUGCAAAUCUAGAUCCAAGCAUUGCAAUUAUAUUUGCCCUCUUGGAUCCAGUAUAGAUCUCAGAACCAUAUACUCUCUGCCUGCUUUGAACCUCCUAAGGAAAUAAAGGCACAAGUGGAGAAGAUCUUGCUCCAGCUAUAGACUGAGUCGGGUAUCCUUAAAUAACUUUGUUAAUUAUUGCUUUCUUUUAUCCACAUCUUCUAUGAACAAUGCCUGAUCACCUCAGCCUAAAUAUUGCUGUUGGGAUAAGGCCAGUCCCUUCCAGCAUGGGCGUAUCUCCUGAGCAUGACUGUUCAAGGCUGCCUUCAGAAAAGCAAUGUCCUUAUUUCCAAUAUCUUUGUUAAACUAGUACUUCAAACAGAUGGAAGUGUCACAACAGAAUCUCAUCAUUGCAGACUGGCAGGUGCUGUCCUGAGACAGCCUCAUGUCUUCCCAGCUAUACUGGAGUUUCCUUGGGAGUAGUCAUGUAAGAUCUUCAGUCUUCAGGAGGUUGCUGGAAAGGGAGAGAUGGUGGAAGAAUGUCAUAAUGUCUCUAAAUUCCCAUCCAGAGUCAAGUCAUUUAUCCAUUCUUCUCCCCUCGAUUUCCAGAGUAGUUUUCCACAAGCAACUGUGGGUAACAGCUUUAGAUGCAACCUUAGGUUGUGAAAGCGGACAACGCAAACAGUUUUGCAACUUUACUGCUUUCAGUGUCAGCUGGGAAACUGGAGUCAGAACAUAUGAAAAGAGAUCUGGAGUCAAAAGUUUAUGUUCAGAUUGGCGCCUUGGUGCCUGACAUUGAGGGAGAUAACCACCGUAUCAGUCAUUGUGAGUAUCAAGAGCUACAGAAAGACAAUGCAUAGGUAAGCAAGUGUUUGACACUUUAAAAGCUGCCCAUCCUGUAUGGAGAAUGGAUUUCUGAAUUUUGAAAAACAGAUUAACAUUACAUGACAUUGCUAUAAUACUAAUUGGAAAACAGUUAUACUGAAGGCAUUGGAUAUUCUUGCUGUAAUGACUUGGGUCCUUGCUGAAUAGAGUUUAAGUGGAGGUAAGUUUUGUUAGUAAAACUCAAUUGAAAUAAGGAACAAUUUCAUUUCUCUCAAGUUUCUAGCACUAUGUUAAAACCUUCACAUGAAUUUGUUGAAACUCUGUGAAUUUGGCUUUGAGUGGCUUGUGAGGCAUACAAAAGAUGUGGGUUUUUUUCUGCAUAAAGAAAAGAUCAUCUCAGUAGAUCCUGGAGUAAGGAUCUAGCCUUGACUCCAACCACUGCAAAAACAGCCGCUAGCGCAUGAAAACGGUUUGUGAAACAGUGGCACAACUCAAGCAGUGCCACACAGAUGGUUACUGGAGUAAGUCUGUAAGAAUAUAAAAUGCCUGUACUGGCCAAGACCAAUAGAUCACAUAGCCUUGUACCCUGUCUUGAAUAAUAAAUAAAACAGAUAAAGAUGUAGCAGAUAUAGCAGAAUGGAAGAAUAGAGUAAGCAUAGAGCAACUCUUUCUAAAUGCGUGUCCAUGGCCUGCAACACUUUGAGGCUAUCUGAAAUUGUCCCUGGCUGGCAGGGACGUCUCCACCUUGUCACUAACUUCUCACAGUGGCACGGGGAGAGAAUCAGGAGAACCAAAGUGAGGAAAAAAGUGGGCCAAAUUUAAUAAGUGAAGAAUAAAAAAAAAAAGUGUUGCAAAGGCAAUCACUUGCCACUUCCCACUAGCAGACUGAUGCACAGCCAGACCCUGAGCAAUGGCAACUUCAGACACACAUCUCCCAACUCCCCCCAUGUCUGAUUGCUGGGAAUGAUGUCACAUGCUAUGGUAUCAUUUUAAAAAGUGCCUGGCAUGAAAGACAAAUUAAUUGCCUGAGGCCAUACAAUCUGUGAAUGCCCAAAUCAGGUAUACUGACUCCUUUCCAAUGUCCUGUGCCAGUAAAUUGCACUCCAGAUGUGCCAAGUGUAGUACGUAAAGUCCCAAAACUGAACCCUCUUUUUCUGCUAAGCUGUCCUGAAGACUGGAUGAAAUGUUGAGGAAGAGGGAGCAGAAAUGUUUUUUCACUCUAACCAGAAUAACCUGAUCAAAUCUUUUUCACCACUCUAAAAAAGAGCACAAAGGAGCUGGAAAAGCUGUAUAACUAGUAACUGCUUUAUGAAACGACACUAUGUUGUGCCGCCUAAUUCAGUUAAUUUCUUUGAGGCUGGAGAAAGAUAUUUUGUGAAAAGUUUUCUUGUUUCCUCUACUAAUAAUGAUCGGUAACAAAGUGGAAAAGAGUUCUAAUUAUUGCGAUCUUUUAUAUACAAAUAUAAUUUGUUUUGUAAGUACACCUUUGCUGUGGUAAGCCAACUAUAAGAUUAUGGAGUAAAGAGAGUUGGGAGAAGGAUCCAGUCUACUAAUUGCACAUAGAUAGGAUUGUCCUCAUUUUCCCUGAGAGUCUGCACAACUAUUGACUCAGUAGGGGGAUGGAUCACAGUAGCUAAUUAAAAAGAAAGUGUUUUUCUGAAUUUUCAAGGUUUUCUAGAAAAUAAUUUUGAUUGAAGGUUUUACUAAUGCUCCCCUGGAAACUUAAAUCAGAUAAUGUUUCCCUUUCUCCUGCAAGGCUGCUGUUUUGUUAUUGUAGGGAUACCAAUCUUGAUGCUGGUUUCUUUUUUUACACUCAGUCACAACACAGUCAGGCACUCAUAGCAGGAAAAGCACUAGGAAAAAGUGGAAAAAAUAGAAAGGAUAAGUAUUAGUAAUUUUUCAAACAUGUCUGUUUAACUGGUUUAAAUUAAUUUUAUUUGUGGUUGCAGACUCAGUGCUUUAGCACUUCAAGCUUGAUCUAUUUUUUUCCGCUCAUAUUCUGUAAUAGGAAGGAUUUGCUAUAUGGAGGAAUAGCUUCUUGCUGAGAAAACUCUUCUGCCCUAGCCAGCAGGCAGCCUUAUCUGUGUUCAUUGUUGCCACAGAUAUUUGAAAAUUACAAGUUACAAGGCAUGCUUAACUUGUAGAUCUGUUCUCUAAUAAUUAGAGGCACAGGCUAAUUUUUUAAAAAGUCUUUGUCUGAUCCUAUUUUUUCUUUUCAAUGUAAACAAUAAAAAAAAACCCAAAAAAGACUAUAGAUUUAAUAUACAUUUUUAAUAUCCAGCAUACAGUUGAGGUCCACAGUCAGAAAAUUUUAAUAGUCAGCGCUAAAGUACAACAUCAUAUGAUUGCUCUCCUCUUUAAUGUUAUUAUUAACAGUAUUUGUUUACAGCAUAUAGAGUACAUAUUUCUUCUGCUAUGUGGGAAAAUCUCUGCAGUGGAAGUCCACCCUCUUCUUUAGACUAUAAUGUCAGAGGAGGCGACACACCUCUAUCUAUUCUCCAUGCCAAGUUCCUUGUUACUCUGUGACCUUACAAACAAAGAGCUUGAAUUCACACUCAACUAAAAAAACAUCACAUGGUUAUUGAGUAAACUUUAGUGGUCUGAAUAUCAAAUCUUUUAGAUCCUAGUAGAAUCACAGAACGACUUAGAUUGGAAAGGACCUUUAAAGAUCACCUAGUCCAAUCCCCCAGCCAUGGGUAGGAACAUGGGUAGGUAGAUGAGAUUGCUCAGAGCCUGGUCCAACCUGACCUUGAACACCCCAGUGAUGGGGCAUCCACAGUUUCUCUGUGCAACCUAUCCCAGUGUCCCACUGCCCUCAUUGUAAAAAACUGUAAAAUCUUUCACUUAAAAAGUAUUGUCCCUUCUCUGGGCCCACUCCAACAGGUCCAUGUCUUUCCUGUGCUGAGGACUCCAGAGCUAGACCCUAGUGAGGUCUGAUAACAGAAGACCAGAGGGGGAGAAUCUCCAACCUCAACCUAAUGGCCACAUUGCUUCUUAUGUAGCCCAGGAUAUGAUUGGCUUUCUGCGCUGUGAGUGCGCAUUACUGUCUCAUGUCCAAUUUUUCAUCCACCAAUAUCCCCAUGUUGUUCUCCAGUCUUGAUCUAUUCAGAUCCCUGUCUGUAUUGACAUUGUAGGUUGCCCUGACACAGGAGCAAGACUUUGCACUUGACCUUGUUGAACUUCAUGAUUUUCACAUUGGCCCUUUUCUCCAGCCUGUCAAGGUCCCUCUGGGUGUCAUCUCAGAGGUAUCAAUGUCUUGACCCAUUACUACAGUAUGUGUAGGACCGCGCUGUUAUGAGUCCUGUAUGAUGCUAUAGAAAAUCUCUCUUUCCCUAUGGCCUUUUAAGCUGGUCAUUGCAUUCCUAAUAUUUUUGAGCUGAAGAGUUCGUGGGAAAUCUCCUUGAAAUGCUAUAGCUCAGGUAUUGUGGGCAAUUUGGGGAUGUUUCAGUAGUAAUUUAAACAACCUUCCAGUGGCAGUUUCUUGUAUCACUGUCACUGGGGCUUCAUACUGAUAUUUUUGAUCUCGAAAGAGAGUUUUAUUGUAAAGAAAUUGAGAGAGAAAUGUGUCUAUUAGCAGUCUCUUUGUACAUCAUGCUAGAUGGAGCAUUUUUAUGAUAUAAAGAAAUGAAAAUGAAUUUUCUUUUGUUAAACAGGGCUAUCUGCCCAUCCUAGUCACUGUAAAAGACUAUGAAGCCUUUUUUUCUUCAGUAGGGAGAAUGAGAAUACUAAUGGGGAUACUGAUAUUUUUUUAGUCUUCUAUUGCUCCCUACCAGUAAGAGGAUGUUAUUCUUAUGGUAAUACAGUGUGGAUGACACGGUACAAUGAAAGAAAUCAGUAGGUUUUAGGUGCCCUGAUGAGCACCAAGCCCUGAAAGGACUCCAUGAGUCCAGGUCUGGUAGUCUUAAGUUACGUGAGUCAAGACUAAACUCAACACAUUUUGAGUGGGCACAGUUUACUUGUCAAUGUUUUGUUCACUAAAUUUAUAUUAGUGAAUUGUUAGAAAGUUUUACCUACAGCUGAAAUGUUACGGAUCUGUCCCAAGCUGUGAAUAGCGACUAUUGGGGCCUCUCUAGAAAGGGAAAAGAGAUGGCACUUCUUGAACAGAGAGCAGCUCUCAGGCUAAUCCCUUAGAAAGUGUUCAUGAAAAUGAGAAACAUUCAUCCACACCAUAGCUUCACCCAAUUCAGGCUUUGGCAAACUUCCAUAACAAGAUGCUCCUACGACAAGGUGGAACUUCAGUCUUAACUGCAACAGUAAGAAAGAUAUUCAAUUAAACCAAUCACGUCAUUUACCUGGAUGAAGUGCUGAGUUGAUUAUGCAUCUCUCAUUAUAAUAAUUCUUACAGUGAUCACAGCCAUUCUGGGAGGCCCGUACCAAGUACUCUGACUCUACAUUGCUUUCUAGAAAGCUGACAGCUCUAAGAUGAAGGUAAAAAGCUCUUUCAUCUCUCACUGAUUUCUUCUCUAAUUUGAAGAAAGAUAAGCAUGUGGUCUGAGUG